AUGAACAGUUUGAAAAUAGACAAGUGGAGUUUUUUUUUAUUUAAGAAUAAUAUAUCCUCAACAUCAAAAUCUGAUUCUGGUGACGAUGUAACAACAAUCCCAAGUGAACAGCCACCAUCCCCAUUGAUUUUACCAAUUGAUAAUCUUACUAAUAAAUUAUCGGAUGAAACAACAUCAUCAUUAUCAUCUUAUCCAAUAGCCAUUGUACGAUUAAAUUCUCGAUGUGAAAAAUUGAAACAACAAAUACAACUUUUAACAAAUCAAUUGACUGAAAGUCAGAUAACAGAAAAAUAUGCUAAAGAUGAAUGUGCUAAAUACUUACAAAUCUAUGCACGUAACAAUGAACGUUUUAUCACGUUUGAACGAAAACAACUAGCUCAAAUGAAAACACUACUCAGUAUACUAACACCAAAACAACACAAUAUACUAGCAGAAAUAUCUGCGCAGACACAUCCGGUAGGAACUAAAGCUACGGAUGAUUUACCAAAACGACGUGCAUUUACCAGUCCUUCAGGGCCUUAUAUAAAUCCCUCCUUGCCAAUAUCUGACCCUUCAUCAACACUUCAAAUAACAAACGAUGGUCAAGCUAUUGAGACAGGUUUAGCAGAAAGAACUGCUAAAGAAGAGCAGGAUGAUGAUACUAAGUUACUUGCGGCUAGACUGCACAAAUCGGAAACCGAUUGGGAAGAUCUUCUGUAUCAGAUUACACAAAUCAUGGAUCUUUCGCAAAAUUUUUGCGAAAAAUGUUCGACAUACCGUGAUGAUAAUGAAAAAUUACGUAUAGCAAGUAGUCAGAAACAAGAAGAAAAUGUAAAAUUAAUUUACGAUCUAUCAGUUGCCAUAGCGGAAUGUGAAAAACAAAGUCAGUUACGUGCUCAUGUAGAACAACAACUACAUGAUGCUAAUAAAUUAGUUGAACAAUUGGUAAGUCUAUUUAAAAAAGUUGAGAAGAAUGAAGCUGAUUUUCGUGAUACGAAGACACACUAUGAAAAUUUAUUCAUUGAACAAGUAAAUAAUGUUAAAAAAUUAGUUAAAGAACGUGAAUUAUUGAAUUUAUACAUAAAACGAUUAGAAACAGAAAAUCAUUCAUUAAUAACAAUAAACACAGAAGAAACAACACGAAUACUUUCACAUACUACACAGUGUCCAACAACAAUUGAAGAAUCAUGGGGAUUACUACAGAAAUUACGAGAACAACUAAUCAAUCAAUUAAAACUAGAACAAAAAUUACGAAAUGAUUUACAAUUACUUCAUAAUAAUUACCAAGCCGACAUUAGAGAACGAGAACAAAUUGAAAAUUUACUCAAUCGAGAUUUAAAUACAGCAAAAGAUGAAAUAAUUGUAUUACAAAGUAUUCAGACAGAAUAUGAACGUAUUACAGGAUUGAAAAAUAAUCUAGAAAAACAAUUGGAGCAUAAAGUAAUUGAAUUGAAUACAACAAAAACUGUUUCCACAACACUCACAAAUCAACUGAAAGAAAAAUUAGAAUUAUUAGAUCAAACAAAGUCAAAAACUGACGAAGACAAUAUUGCAUUACGUAUUCAAUUACAAAAAAUGAAAAUUGAUCUUGACAACAGUGAAUUAGUUCAAAGAGAUUUUGUCAGAUUAUCUCAGUCAUUACAAAUUCAGUUAGAAAAUAUUAGAGAGUCUGAGCAUGUGUUAAGGUGGCAUAAUGAAGAAGAUUAUCAUGACUGUAUGAAUUGUAAAACACCCUUCACAGUCACUUGGAGAAAGCAUCAUUGCAGACACUGUGGAAAAGUGUUAUGCAAAGAUUGUACUAACAAAACAGUCUAUACUGGACCAAAUAAUCGGGCAUCUCGUGUAUGUGACGUGUGUUAUACAUGGUUGGUGAAAGAUUCACAACCAUAUUUUCACUCAACUGUUCCAGAAAUAUGA